AUGGCGGCCUUCUCAUCCAGCAACGGCGUGCCGCCGGGCUUCCGGUUCCACCCGACCGACGAGGAGCUGCUGCUGUACUACCUCAAGAAGAAGGUCGGAUUUGAGAAGUUCGAUCUCGAGGUCAUCAGGGAGGUCGAUCUCAACAAGAUCGAGCCGUGGGACCUGCAAGAGAGGUGCCGGAUCGGGUCGGCGCCGCAGAACGAGUGGUACUUCUUCAGCCACAAGGACCGCAAGUACCCGACGGGGUCGAGGACGAACAGGGCCACGACGGCCGGCUUCUGGAAGGCCACGGGCCGGGACAAGUGCAUCCGCACCAGCUACCGCAAGAUCGGCAUGCGAAAGACGCUCGUCUUCUACCGCGGCCGCGCCCCUCACGGCCAGAAGACCGACUGGAUCAUGCACGAGUACCGCCUCGAGGACGCCGACGACGCCCAGGGCGGCACCAGCGAGGACGGAUGGGUGGUGUGCCGCGUGUUCAAGAAGAAGUGCUUCUUCAAGAUCGGCGGCGGCGAAGGGAGCACCAGCCAGGGCGCGGAUGCUAGCGGCCACCUGGCCGUGUCGCCGCCGCUCGGUGGACACCACGACCAGGCAAGGGCCGCCCUGGCGUACAUGCACCCGCACCCGUACUACCACCACGCCUCCUCCUACUACUCCCAGAUGCAGGCACCGGGGCCGCACGCCGCCGCAUACUCGCACCACGUGCAGGUCCAGGACCUCCUCACCAACCACCGGCCCACGGACGACGGCGCCGGCACCGCCUAUGACUUCUCCGGCCUGCCGGUCGAGCAUCACCCCGGCAGCGGCCUUGACGUCGGCAGCAGCGACGGCGUCGCCACGGACGGUGGCCAGCUGGCCGGCGAAGGGAGGGACCAGACCACCGGUACAGACGCAGAGCAGUGGCAGGCGAUGGAUGGUUUCAGCAACGGCGGGAGCGCGACGGUGCAGCAGAUGACCGGCGCCAUGAGUUCCGGCGCCCAACGAGGUGGGGAGAUGGAUUUGUGGGGUUACGGGAGGUAA